AACGUGACCUCGGUGGUAGAAACACUGUGCGAGCUCAUUACAGGAGUCAAAGGAUAUGGGACAGGGCAUCAAGUGAUUCUGUCUGGAUUGUGGAGAUGACAAUGGCAGCAGAAAAUAGCCGGCGACAUGGAAUAUAUAUCACUCCAUUUCAACAAAUGGUUGCAUCAUGUACCGGAGCCAUGCUCACCUCUAUUUCAAUGACUCCUUUUGAUGUUGUCAAAAUUCGGCUGCAAGCUCAGAGGAAACCAUUUGUAAAGGGGGACUGUUUUCUCUACUGCAAUGGUCUAAUGGAUCACAUCUGUGCUUGUUUAAAUGGCCAGCCUGCUUCGUCUAGUCAGUGGUACAAGCAGCCAGGGGCAUUUAAUAGCACAAAGGAUGCCUUUAUUCAUAUCGUCCGCAAUGAAGGUAUAGCAUCGCUAUGGAGUGGCCUACCACCUACUUUGGUGAUGGCAGUACCAGCUACUGUUAUAUAUUUUACGUGUUAUGAACAACUCAAAGUCGCUUUCAAGUACCAAGAUUCCAAGCCAUCUGAUUGGUGGAUCCCAAUGUUCUCCGGGGCUCUUGCAAGAGUUUGGGCGGUGUCCUUGAUCUCGCCGCUAGAACUAGUCAGAACCAAACUGCAGGCUGAGCAGCUGACGUACAGGCAGAUCACAAAGUCUGUGGUCAGAGCUGUCCAGGCUGAUGGAGUUCUCUCCCUUUGGAGAGGCCUCGGCCCAACACUGUUACGGGAUGUGCCUUUCUCAGCACUGUACUGGUUUUCCUAUGAGAACUUGAAGUCCUAUGUAUUGUUGACACGAGGGUCGACAGAUCUGAACUUUUCCGAGAGCUUUUUGACUGGAGCAACAGCUGGAACACUUGCUGCCGUGUUAACGCUGCCAUUUGAUGUGAUCAAGACUCACCGCCAGCUGGAGUUUGGGGAGAUGAUGACUCACUCAGGACCCAAUCAUAGUAAGAAGCAGGUCAGCUCCACUUGGCUGCUGAUCAGGAGAUUGUAUCGACAACAGGGUAUCCAAUCAUUAUUCACAGGUAUUGUGCCCCGGGUAUCCAAGGUGGCUCCAGCCUGUGCCAUCAUGAUCAGCACUUACGAAUACUUCAAACUAUUCUUCCGGAAUCGGAAUGACGAGAGAGUAAAGAAUCUGUCCAGGGACUGACAAUUCUGGACUCAUGCCAACCAUAAGUGUCUUCCACAUUCUAGUAUACAUGCAGUUGGUGUGAAGUGAGGUAGCUAGAUACCUCUGGUUGGAUGGAUGGAUGGAUGGAUGGAUGGAAAGAAGACAGACUAAUUUGGUUGGUUGGUGGUUGGAUGGAUGGAUAGAUGAUAGAAAAAAGACUAGUGUGGUUGGUGGAUGUAUGGACAAGUUGGAUGGAUAGAUGGAUAGAAGACAGACUAAUUUGAUUGGCGGAUGGAUGGACAAGUUAGAUGGAUAGAAGACAGACUAAUUUGAUUGGCGGAUGGAUGGACAAGUUAGAUGGAUAGAAGACAGACUAAUUUGAUUGGCGGAUGGAUGGACAAGUUUGAUGAAUGGAUGGAUAGAAGACAGACUAAUUUGAUUGGCAGAUGGAUGGACAAGUUAGAUGGAUAGAAGACAGACUAAUUUGAUUGGCAGAUGGAUGGACAAGUUUGAUGAAUGGAUGGAUAGAAGACAGACUAGUUUGAUUGGCAGAUGGAUGGACAAGUUUGAUGAAUGGAUGGAUAGAAGACAGACUAGUUUGAUUGGUGGAUGGAGUUUGAUGGAUGGAUCCAUGUGCGACCUGAAUGCCUGGACAAUUAGAUAGAUGGAUCUGCUGCCAAAUAUUUGAUAGGUCAUGGAAAUAUGAUUCUUGUGACUCCACUAACAAGAACUAUGGAGAUUCAGGGUAUUGAUCGUCCCCUCUUUCUUCAGAGCUUAAUCAAAAAUUAGGUGGUUACAAUAAGUAACUGGGUUAAUCCUAAAUCACAUGGUUACCAGAUGGAUUGAAUAUUGCUGACUCUCAACCAUUUACUCUAAAAACUGAAUUUUCAAAAUACUUUUACAUACAUUGAGAAAGAUGGAUUUACAGGGAUUUACAUGAAGUCCUGUAUUUGUGGGUCCCUGGGACUCUUUAUUCUCAAUUUUCAGGGGUCCUUGACAACAAAAUAGGGGUCCCAGACACUUAAAUAUUAUCAAUACUGUUAUCGUAUUGUGUAUCAUGAUCAUCACAUUGUUACAGUAAUUAAAUUGCAAAUAAUACCAUAACCCAGCUAAUAGCAAACUCGGUGAUAACGUAUUGUCACUUGAUUGGAAUUUUUACAAAAAGUAUUUGGACUUUUUCUGAGUCCCUUUGGACGCGUUAAUACAUUUUGAUGCGUCCAUUGUCAAUUUUUAUGAUUAUAGGACGCAGGAAUUCGCAUCCUGUAAAUCCCUGGUCAUGCUGUCAUUGCUGGAAUGCUGGAUGCCAUGUUUGUAAUAUUUUUCAAGAAUAUUUCAAAGCGAUAUUCAAGGUCCCUUGAAAUGAUGUUGCGUGUGUAAUCAGAAAUACAAGUUAUUUUUGGCAUUGUCUGAAUAUAUUCAGAAAACUUUGAAGAAGAUUUAUCCUUGUGAAAUCCAUUUAGUUACCCAUGAAAAGUAUACAUGAUGUUUCAUUGUAAGUCAUAUUAUUGAACAUGUGGAAUAAAGUGAAGUCCAUUGACAUGGAUUAUUGCACAGUGCAACCUCCUCCAUCACAGAAUGUGUGGUUCAGUUGCCUUAGACACAUAUGACAUGCUGAGUUACUUCCCUUAGGUGUGGCAGGAUUCUAUGACUAUUGGGUGAUUUGAUUUAUGAUGCUUGGUUUGUCAAUCAGUAUGUGCCAAAUACUUUUGAAUCUACUGGCGUAAUCUGUACCUUUAUCAUGUUAGCAUCUGUUAGUGUAUGCACUUAUAUUAGCCGACAUUAUUGGACUGAAAUAUUUGGGCUUCUUUCACCUGCUAGGACAGAUUGAUAUGACUUAUGUACAUUUCAAAGUGGCAUUAAACCACUCACUCACUCUGCAGCUCACAUUGUGCUUUUGCAUGUUGCAGAUGCUUGGGAUGCAGGGGCAGAUCCUCACCCCCCAAAAUUUCCCAGAGUAGCAUUUCCCCUUAACCUUCGGACUUCAUGAUUUAUGUGCAACCAUUUUUCUCCCCUUUCCAAAUGGAUGAUAAAUUCUGUGAACUUUAGUGUUUUUAGAGUUUGUUCACGACAUAUGUAUCUCUGAUCCACCUGUGCUGUGUGUGUGUGUGUGUGGAGGAGACCCACCUUGUGUGUGUAUUACCUCAUUAAUCUGUGAAUAUGGUUUUACUUCAAGAAGAAUUUACAAGGUAGAAUCGAUCCAACCUCAUCACCAUCAUGAUGAGUCUGUUUAGUGGACUAUUUGUCCUGUUCUGUGUUUCCUCAACAUUUAGACAUUGUUUAAUAUUUUGUGGUUUUGUAUAACGUAAAACAUCUAAGAAAUCAUUAUGACAAGUUCUCUACAACUGAGACAAUGAUUAGUAUCACAGGUAUGCUUAUCAUUAGUGAAGGGAGAGUUUAUGAAAUAUUCUGGAUGGGAGAGAUGCGAAGAUUCUACUUCAUGUUACAACCUAAGGCAAAAACUAUGUUUUUUAUGUAUUGUUUGGAACAUGACUUUAAGAGGAACUUUAUCCCAAAUAAAUUCUUUAUUGGCUGCCAUUGUUUAACUAGAAUUUUCCUGACUGCUGCUUUAGAGGAUCGAUUCUACCUUGUAAUUCUUCUUGGAGUAAAACCAUAUUCACAGAUUAAUGACGAGAUACUAAUAUGUUGUUAUUUACAUGUGAUGAAAUGUGUUCAAUGUGUUACAGUCCUAAACUGUCAUCUGUUUUGAGCAAUUCUGUCUUGCUUUGUUUAUAAGAAGCGUUAACGUGUUGCCUAGUAACUAGUAUGUUUUAUUGUUAUAUUAUUUUAGUGUUGUUGUACACUUGCCUCUGUUUCAGUUUAACAGAAUAUAUAUAUAUAUGCUUGUGUGGGGGCUGUGACCUUUCCGUGUACUCAUAUUAUUUGAAUCAAAA